AUGACUUCCUUCCUCAAGUGGGCCAGGACAGCUAUGAAUCGAGAUCCCUGGCCUGUGCUUCGAUUUCCAACAAGUGGGUUCGAAGUAAUCAAGCCGUCACACAUUCUUGAUGAAGAGCGCUUUGAAGAGUUCGAGAAAGGGCGCUACUAUCCUGUCAAUAUUGGUGACGUCUUAGUGUCUAAAUACCAGGUAGUUGGCAAGCUGGGCUUCGGAACUACCUCCACAGUAUGGCUCGCUCGUGAUUUCGGCGAGGAUCUUCUUAAGAGCGGACUUAAGCAGAUCUUCCUUGCGCUUGAUUAUCUUCACAGCGAAUGCCAGCUCGUUCACACUGAUAUCAAAGGCGAUAAUAUCCUCCAGGAACUUGAAGAGAUGUCAAUACUUGACAGGUUUACCGAUAGCGAGAUAGAGCAUCCGUCGGCACGGAAAUCAGUUGAUAAUAUGCCAGUCUAUGCCUCUCGGCGAUUUGAGUUGCCUCAAAAUUUUGGCAGAGCAGUUCUUAGCGACUUCGGCUCAGCUGUACGGGGUGAUGAAGAGAGGAACCAUGACGCUCAACCCACCAUCUACAGAUCACCAGAAGUCAUGUUAAAAAUCCAGUGGAGCUAUCCCAUUGAUAUUUGGAAUGUUGGCACUAUGAUAUGGGAUUUGUUUGAAGGUAAACACAUGUUCAUUGGGAUGGACCCAGAUGGCAAGGGUUAUUCCACCCGUGCGCACCUUGCUGAGGUGAUCGGAAUACUGGGUCCUCCGCCUUCACAUUUUCUCAAGCGUGGAGAGCGAAGUCACGAAUUCUUUACUAAAGAUGGACACUGGAAUAACCAAGUCGAUGUCCCCGGGGGAUUGGCUUUGGAAAUCUCCGAGGAGCGUCUCAGCGGAAGAAACAAAGAGAUGUUUCUUGAGUUCAUGGGGGGAAUGCUUCAAUGGCAACCAGAAGACAGAAAGACGGCCAAGCAACUACUUAAGGAUCCAUGGCUAGAGAACAGAGCAUAG